AAUCAGGAGACAAUUCAAUCUCUCUACCAAGCCUUCGUCGCCGGACAGAUUGAGGUCUGGCUUAUUCCCCCAAAUCAGAUGUCACAAAUUUCCGACACGCAAGUAACGGCAAUUUCUUCACAUCCCCAUCCGCCGGGGCCAGAGAACCAACUACAAGGUCACUUGCGGGAUACCGCCAAAACGACUAAUUCUGCCACGCAUAGCGUUUCAGCCUCGCCGGUCCCAGCAGAUGUGCCGUCUGGCCAUGCACAGGUGACAAGCAAUGUGGAAGAUACCAACCAGAAUGCCGGACACGACAACGAGGGCGGUAACACACUUCGUUGGGCCGCCGGGCAGUCAGCACCCACACAACUUGAAGGAACCGGGACGUCGAGUCAUGGAGGCGUUGGAGGCAGCCGGAGUGGUAAACAUGCCGAGCUUGGCGGCACAGAAUGGCGCCAAAAGAAACCACUGAUCAUUUAUGACGUGAGGUACCUUGAGUGUUUAACCCUCAGAGCCGGUACUAUCGCGCACCAGAUCAACUCUUCAGCACUCCAGCCAAAGGCAUCGAUUGGCCGAUUAAGAAGGGUUCAAGCAGCACCCUACAUCAAGCAACCUUGUCUACCUACCUUUCUGCUCUUCACUCCAGACAGCUCCAUUUUCUCGAACUUUCAUGCUUCGGAAGGGUUGUUCUCGCCUUAUCAGACAUGUUUUACUAGCUCUUCUUAUUCUGAUCAGUUUAAACUAUUUGACACUUUUUGGUAUCUACCUGAUUGA